AUGAAGGCCGGCUUUGACAACGUGUCCAAGCAGAUUGGGACCAAUAGUGAGGAAAACCGAAAAGACAUGAAGGACAUUCAAGAGAGUAUUCAAAAUCUAGGAAGUACGUGGAGACAAGAACUAGCCACUUUUAAGGAGGAGAUGGGCAACGGGUUCGAGGCCAUCGACAGGAGAACGGAAGCCCAGGGCAGAGAUAUUGCAGACAUGCAAGAGCGUGUAGUGGAGACCGAGGAGUGGAAUGCAGAUCUGAAGGGGAUUCUCGCCGCUUCCUUCAAGCACCAAAGGCGGUUACAGGAGAAGGUAACGGACUUAGAAGGGAGAUCGAGAAGGAACAAUAUUCGAGUUUGGGGAGUACCAGAGGGUGCAGAGAAGGAUUCGGCAUCCGAGUUUAUAGAGCUUUUGAUUCACGAGGAGCUUAAACUCGGGGAAGAUGCCAGUCUACAAAUACACCUAAAGAAGACCUAUUUAUCUAAAUUAAGCUCCAAAUAUGCAGAAAAACCAUGGACUGAGACGUUUCAGCUGGUGCACAGAUGCAUGGAGAAAGCUAGAUCAGACAGCAAGCACUGUGAGCCAAUUAUGAGAUGCCUGCAGAUACUCCAGGAAGCUCAGAAUGUGACCUCUCUGAGUGCCAUGGUGACCAGACUGGAGAUGAUUGCCAAGCAGAGAGGACUGGGCUCCCACUUGAGUCCCACCGAGACUGCGUGCUAUCUGACAGCCGAUCCGUUCUAUGUGGAGGUGCUGCUGCUGCCUGGGGGAGAGGUUGAGGAUGUGAAAGUCGCUCAGCAUGGAGAAGCUCCUGAGUCAAAUGCAGCACUUUGUGAAUUGCUAAGGAUGAAGAAAUUUAAAGAAUUCUCACUCAGGAUGGAUGACCUUGCUUCUCUCUACAACCUACCAGGCGAUGGUGGUCCCAAGCUAAAAGUGUACACCUCCCUUCAGCACAUGCAGAAAGACCUAGUAAAAAUCUCCAACUUACCAAGGCAUUCGAUAGAGAGUGAUGUUUAUAUUGAUAUGGUUCUGAAUGGCAGAAUCGGGAGGAUUACACCUAGCAGAGAAGGAAGCCCAAUGAGUGUUGAGUACUACAUCAGCCCCUCAGAUGCUCUGAUGGACAGGUUACAUCCAGGACAGGGCAACUGGAGCCAGACUGCUGUGGUGGUGGUAGGUGCCAGUGCCACUACACACAGGUUGCAGAUGGAGUCUCUGAUUCCUACACAACCUCAACUGGACUCUCUAGGGCUUCCUGCUUUCAUCCCGCUGUCUGAAACGUGCUCCGAGUUCCUGCCAGCCUUCUUCCUUCUCAAACUCAAGCCCCCAGUGCCCAUGCUCAGCUCCUUCAUCCACAAGAUGAGCCAAAUAACAGGUGUCCUCAAGGAUGCUAACAGUGAUCGGGAACAAUCUUCCCUAGACAUUCCCCCAGAUGCUGACCUGCAGGGGGAGCCACUUUUCCAGUUGCUCCAGUCCAUUGCUCUGGAGGACAAGAGACCAAGUGAUGGAAAAGAUGUGCACUUUCUUGUGUCUUUGCCAGAUGCUGAGUUUCACAGCUAUUUGUUCGAUGACGCUGAGUGGAAGUGUGACCUUUGGAAAGGAUCCCUAAUUCACACUGUUCCUUUCACUCAUCCUGCUCAUGUACCUGCCUUAUUGGACGUCCUCCGCUAUCAAUCUGCUAUCAACACCCUCCUGUUGAGCUGCAUCACCAGCCUUCAGCACCAGCCAGGGUUAGUGUGUGAACUUAGCGGUGAAAUCUUACCCGAGUCUGACUGCAGCUUUUCUGUGACCUUCAGUUUCCUGGACAGCGAGACUCUGGCUGUUUUGCUUGUUUCUGUGACGGAUUGUCGUCAGGUGCGCUGCAGGCUCCUAAUGCCUGGUGCAGUGGAUCCCUCUCUGGAUGACUACAUCUCCAGAGUCCUCACUCGGUGCAUGUCAAUCCCCAUCACUUUGAGAGCUAUACGGAAAAGGAUAUCCAGCUUGAGGCCUCCAGCACUCCCACUUAAACCCGAUUCUGCUAGGAACGCCGAGAGUUCAUCCUCUACACCUGCACAUUGUGCUGCAGAAAUCACUCCAGCCGUCCUCCCUUCUGCCGUGCUCUCCCCUAAGCCCAUGGAGGAGGACGAUCUUCCCUCUAACCCUGGCCACUCUGACAAUUCUGUAGUUGCUGCUCCAGCAGCUGAUGGCGCUAAUACAGAUGCAAUUGCUAACCGUUCUCUGUGUCUCUCGGAGUGUUUUAUUCACGCUGGGUGGCCGGCAGCUUCCCAGCUUAGCUGA